GGAAGAGCAGAAGUAAAGUUACUAAUACUGAUCAUCUGAUGCUGCUGGACACCACUCCCCGCCCCCUUGAAGUGGUGUGUUUAAUGGUAAGUCAAUCAUUAACCCAGGCUUUAUUUACUCUGAGCGUGUAACAUUGGAUAGGUGCUUUGUCUAACUGCGGCAGUGAAAGCAACAGGUGGUUCUGUUUACCUCCCGUCCUGCUGUUCUGGUAGCAGCUGCCUGUCACUGCUGAGAUUCAAGACCUCCAUGCUGUGAAAGGUUCAGUCCCCAUGAAGUCCUCAUUGCUUGUGGGGCCCAGCAGCCUCGACUCAGAGCGCGAGUGAGUGAUCUUCAGGCCUCUGGUUCCAGUAGCUAGUGCUCUUCUCCUGAACCCGGGCUUGCGUGAUGGCGUACCUAGCCCACACGGCUCACCUGCAGUUCCUGGGCCUGGCGAUGGGAGCCGUGGGAUGGCUCAUGAUCCUUUGCAGUGCUGGCAUCAAUGAAUGGAGGCUGUGGUACGUGUCCGACAGGUCGGUCAUCACCUCCGGGGUGGCCUGGGUGGGGGUGUGGCGGGCAUGUUUUUACACUCACACCAUGAACACGGCGGAGUACUGCAGGGCCCUGGCCGUCACAGACUCCUUCCUUCCUGUGGAGAUGGUCCUGGCUCAGAUUCUCAUCAUGAUGGCCGUGGCCGUGGGCCUCCUCGGGAAUGUAGUCGGCGGGUGUGCCAUGAGGAAGGUCUACUUUGGGUUGGGGAAGAGACGCAGUAUAAACUUGACCUUCUGGUCUGCAGGGACUCUCUACUUGCUCACAGCAACGAGUGCUCUCGUGCCCUUGUGCCUGACCACGGCGGCAGUGUUGAACAACCACACCAUCGCUUUCCCCCCGGAGUACGACUUUCCCCCAGCCCCGUCGAGCCAGGGCAUAGGCUCAGCCAUCGGGGUUGGCAUUGGAGCAUCAAUCAUGAUCGCCUGCGGUGGACUGCUCUUCCUGUGCUACAGGUACCCAAAGAAGGCUGAGACCAGCAUUGAGACUAAUGGUCACUUGGUUGACUCAAAGUCUCAGCCGUCCGUGGGCCUCAGCCCCAUCUCAGAAAGUGGUCCCAAUAAGGGGGAGGUAAACCCAGCCUUUGAACUAGAGGAGAACCCCUGAUCCUCACCUUCAGCUCCAGAUAGCAAUGGAGAACCUCAGUGGUUGAGACUUGCUGAAUGAAAGCUGUGAAGGCUAAAAUGAAUCACGCCACUAUUUGCAAUAAUGGACUUCAGAUGUGAAAGACUGCUGAAUACGUUGCUUGCUUGCAUGCACAGAUUUAUAAUAGCAGAUGUUUGAAUGGAUCAGUACAUUCUCGAACACUCCUUAAAAGAUAUGUAACUCUUUAGCUCCUUCAAUGACAUGUUACAUUUAAUUACCUGAUGCUGUUCAAUACAGGACUAUCAAUCUCCUUUUCUCAAAUGUAUUUAUUUCAUUCAGAAAGAAUACAAACUAGUAAUCAGUUGAUAAUACAAAAUAAAGGGAAUGUAAUUCACUUCUGACAGAACCAUGAGUUCCCUGAGAGCUCAUUUGCUUAGAGGGACAUUGUAUUCCCAUCAGGGAAGAAGCACGUAUGCCUAUUGUUUGUCUGCUGAUUGUAAUAAGUGUUGGUUCAUAUUCCUGUCUGGAGGUUAAUUCCAGAUCCAGACAAAAGUUUAUUGUUAUGGAAAAGAAUGUACAUAACAUUGUAAAUCUAAUGUGGAACUGUAUAUUGUUUAUGCACUGCGUCCGUUAUCCAAGGUAAUAUUCAAAUAUAGAUUUUUGAAUGUAUCCUCUGAA